AUGCCCAGGCCACCCCCUCCUGCUGCCCCAGGACCCCUGCCCGGGGCUGGCCCAGGCCAUAAAACCCGGCCCAGGCUCCGGGCUCAGCACGGCUCUGUGAGCUCCUGCAGCCACCAUGGUGCACUGGGCAGCCAGGAGAAGCAGCUCAUCACCAGCGUCUGGGCCAAGGUCAGCGUGGAGGAAUGCGGCGGCGAGGCCCUGGCCAGGGUGCAGCUCCAGAAGUGCAGUCAUGGCAACAGGCUGCUGAUCGUCUACCCCUGGACCCAGAGGUUCUUCUCUGACUUCGGGAACCUGUCCAGCCCCACGGCCAUCAUCGGCAACCCCAAGGUGCGUGCCCAUGGCAAGAAGGUGCUGACCUCCUUCGGGGAGGCCAUCAAGAACCUGGACAACCUGAAGGGCACCUACUCCAAGCUGUCGGAGCUGCACUGCGACAAGCUGCACGUGGACCCCGAGAACUUCAGGGUGAGCUGA